GAGGCGUUCACCUGCACCCGCCCGGAGGACUCCAUCCCGUGCGAGGAGUCGCCCCAGUGGUACCACCUUAACGACAAGCUGGGCCGCACCGACACCCCCAGCACCAACGUGGAGGAGAGCGAGUCUUCCGGCAACGCGCUCUGAGCUCCGCGCUCUCGAGACUGGCGCACCGCUCCGCGGCUCUUGGCCGACAUUCCAACCCUGCGACAUUCCUCCCUUUGGGCGCGACGAUUUGAAGGGUAGCUCCUUCACACGCGUCAGUCUCGAAUGAAUUAUUGGCGCUGAUGGGAUACUAUUCCUUUGCGUGUCGCCUGACGGAAUGUCAUGUCCUGUUGGCUCAAAUGACACACUUCUUUCCACACUUGUCGCUUUUGACUGAAAGGCUGGCGCACGGAACACCCUCUUCCCUCCAUCCAACGCAACGAUUUGGAGUAAAAUUGGCGCAUUGGUAACUAGAUUUUCUCUCUUCACGCGUUUUUGAAUUGUUAUCUCACAGGAGAUAUUUAUUUCCUUCAUUAUGUAACAUGAUAGGAUAGGAAUUUCCUCAAAGGUGAUCAUUCCUCCGUAGUCAUCGUUUUGGAAUUGAACGUUCCCACAUGAUAGAUAUUCCUCCCUGCAUUCAGAACAUGUUAGGAUGAAAAAUGCUGGAAUGGAAUAGAAAAUGACCCUACUUUGACACGCACCAUGUUCUACUAACUCUGGAUGAGAGUAUAUCCUCUGCGGCUAGUCACAAAAAAGUCCAUCGAAAAGUUACAGUUCCAUGAAAGACUUUCUUGCGUCCAAAUGCAUAAUUUCAUAAGGAAAUGUAGGCGCAGGGGAGAUUGUCUUGCCAGUGCUAAAAAUGAAAUUUUUGCUGGAGUGAAAAAGCUUCUUCUCUCCACGCACAGGGACUUGAACAGCUUAUACCUUCAGCAUAUCCUCUUGUCUCAAAUGCAACAUUUCUAACAGAAAAGCUUGUGUAGGUUUGCCUUUCCUAACACACUAUACGUUGCUCCGAACUUACUAUAUCUGGAGUAACUUUGCAUUUGCUGUUGAUUCCUCCUUUUCAUCUACACUCAAGCCUCUUAAGAACUUCUUUGCAGUGAUCCAUCAUCACCUUUUAUUCCCCCUUACUCCAUCUUAAUACAUUUUCUUUAAUGCUCUAUAUGUCAAAUAACCAUUAGAACCAAACCAUCAUUUUUUCGGCGUGCUGUUGUCGUGAUAAUGACAUAGAGAAAGGAAAUACAUAGUAUCGCGAUCUAGAUACCACACCUUUAUGAGACUUCACGCAUUUUUUAAUCACCUCGUAUGAAAACUAUAAUAGUUGAAAGUUCUUUCUUCAAUAUUCAGUACAGUUACUAAUAUUCAUGAGACCUUAGUUACUACUUGCACAUGUUUAUAGUAGGAAAACCAUCUAUGGCAGUGGAUGACCUUGUUAUGCCACACACGGUCCUAUUCAACACCUUCCAUUGAUCAUCUUCAUCUUGUUUAGCUACAGUAGCUACUUUUAUCUCAGCUGGGUUUUGAAAUUAAGUGAACUCUUUUUUUCAACUCGGAUUUCAAGGGCAGUCCAGAAAUAUAUGAAAUAUCACAAAUUCGAAAUAGGUAAACAAACCCAAUAAAUUCUCAAUUUAGAUAAAUCUCAGUAAUUCGCAUUACUAUUAUUGGUAAAAUUAUGAUUAUUCUUUCCCUUGUGCAUUGCUUACAGCAUUACAUAAAUAUAAAGGAUUCUUGAAGUUGUUUCAACAUAAAAAAGUGUUCUGGUAAUGGACGCAAUAUUUUCGAAGGGAGAGGAGUUCCAAAACAACCGUAAUUCGAAACGUAGUUCUCUGAAAAAACAUCCAGAAACUCGAUGAGGAAUACGAUUAUUUUAUUAUUCGCCCCUUUUUUAAAUUCUAACUUUUUACAUUAGGUGUUGGCCUUUUGGUUUAAUGAUGGACAGUUUAUGAAACAUUCCAUUCCAGUUCCAGAACAAGAUAUGCAUAAUCAAAUGUUACAAUUUUUUUAAUUUAAAAAAUCCUCCAAAAGCUUUUGUUUAUGUAACUUACAGCAAUUUUGCCUGAAGAUGGAAAGGUACCAAUUCCAGAAACCCUGAUACAAUGUAUCAGUUUUUCGUCCAAUUUUUUAUUAAAGUAUUAUUAAUGUGAAUCUUUUUUGAAAAUCUGGGAUUUGUCGCUAGCUUGCUCCCGUUUAAUAUAUGUCGUCAUUACGGAGUAUUACCCUUAAAUUGCGCUCAGCCUUUCAAUUUUUCUGAAGUACAGUGUCUUUCUGAUUAGUAUCUGUACUUAUAUUUGAAUAUUAAGUGACAUUGCAGAUACUGUAGUGAUAAUUUAAUCAUUGUGUGGAGUUUUUUGUUAAAACAUUAAGUUCCUUCCCGCUACUAAACAUUUCAAACUAUCAGCCAAGAGGGGAUUAAAGCUAAUAAAAUAGAAAUAUUAUAGAUCCCGAAUAUAGCUAUAGACUGAAUUUCUCAUAUAAUAACCCAAAAACAUAGACGUAUGAAUUUAAAGUUAUGAAAAUUUCAUAAAUUAUUGAAAACCUCAAUAUUUCAUUGUGACAAAGAUUAAAACAAUUCAUAAUGAUAAUAAUACUAGAGUACGUAACACGCCAAUUGUUUUCUCUAUACAUAGUGUACUAAGUUAACAACUUGAUACAAUAUAAGAAUGACAAAUAAACCAAAACAAAGGAGUAAUUGUAUGUUUGAACAUGAAUAUUUAGAAUAUUUGACUAAAACCUAGUGUAUUUCUUUGAGAACGAACAGAAUGAAUGUUUUAGAGUAACUUUCUUUAAAAACGCAUGUGAUUACAACGAUAUAAAUAUAAGUAUUAUUAUAAUCGUAUGUGUCAAAUGUCAUGACACAGAUAAGUAAUGUAUGCAUUGAAUUUUAUAAAUAAAGAUUUUUCU